GGGAUGAAGGGCAAUUAAGUUACGACUUCCGCCGUAUAAACUUUUCUUUUGAAAGCAUAAAUAAACUAGAUCAGUAAAACAAAGGGGUGAAGGGUAAUUAGUUUUUGUUUUUGAAAGAUAAUUAGAAUUUUUAUAAACUACGUAGAACAUUAUUAGUGUUCCAAAGUGGAAGAAUAUAUACUAGGGUUUAACCUUUGUCUUUCUCUUUCAUAUCUGGAAUUUGAAAACUAUGCACUCGUGAAAAUUAUCAAAUUUGGGGAAUUCAAUUUCAUGUCUACCUGUUGAGAUCUUCUAAGCUUCAGCUACUCGGUGAGCAUGUAAUCGUAAGAGUUACAAUUGUUUUGCAAAACUUUUCAUGGGUAUUUACGUAUGGACAAUUAUGCAUUUGAUUCAACGAUUUGCUUGUGCAAUAUAUUUAUGCAUGGCCCUGAUGUUAUUAGUCAGAGGUAGUGUCCCUAUUGAAGUUUGUCUUUGAGAUGUCUGCUCGAGGUAAUAAUGGUACUCAGGCUGGGCAGGUAGGUCAUACUUCUGGACCCGCACAACACUUGCCACCUCCUCCUCCCCCUCCUCCUAUACACCCUCCACCACCACCUCCUCCUCCUUUUCCCCAGAAUGCCCUUUCUGCUCCAACAGGACCUUUAAUGCAGAGUAGUCUUCAACUACUUGAAUCAUCAGCAGUUCAUCCCAACCCGCUUGUAUAUCAGCAUAUCCACAGUGGUGCAACUCGGAAUUUCCGACCUCAACAACUUCCAACUAGUGGAAACCAUUCCAGUCAAUCUUGUUUGAUACCCAAUGUGCCUCCCCUCCCUCCACCUGUCCAACUCCAUCAAAGUUCUAUCAUGUCCAACUCCUAUCAAACUUCCUUAUGGAGUUCACAGUGGACUCCAAAUGUGCAUCAUAAUCUGCCUGCAAGUGCUCCAAGAGCUCCUAGAGUGUUUCCCCAACCACCCCCACCUCAAAUACAAAUAGAAACACCAACACAAUAUGGAGGUUCAGGCCAGAUGUUGUUACCAGUACCUGGUAACGGUCAGGCAUUCCAACAUGCAGCACUGUCUGACCUUAAGAGCACUGUUUUUUCACCAUCACCACUUAGGACAUCAAGUGGUCCACUUCCUCCUCCACCCCCAUCUUUUCCUGCAGAAGCCCCACCGAUUCCAGAAUCUAUUUCACCCACUACUUUUCCUGCCACUUCAAAUUCAGCACCUAUGGAGAAGUAUUGUAGUUUGCCCAAUAAGUUAGAAAGAAGUUCCGGCACGUCUACAAGUAUUGUUAUUGAUGGAAUAGCCUCUGCCUCAGAAAGUUAUAGCUUAUCUUCAGUUUGUAUGAAUGAAGGCCCCCAAGAAGAAGCGGAAGGAACCAGACACACAGUACAUUUGUCAGUAAGUGAGAAUCUAAUAUUGGAUUUUGCUACUUCGUCCCCUAAGCAUCUUGAUAGAGAAACACUACAAAACUGUGAUGUUUUGGAUGUUCAUGCUUCUUCCCCUAAGCCCCCCAAUGGGGAAAUGUCUAACAAAAGUGAUGAUCAUGGAGAUUACAACACAUCAAGGGGGGUAUCAGAAAUGUGCUCUUCGCUCCAAUCCAUUGACUCAGUAGAUGCUGGUGUGUCCUAUUCCCCUACCAAUUCUGAUAUGGAAAUGGAAGAUGAUAUCACACAUCCAGAUGAGGAACAUAAUGUUUACUCAUUUUGCACUCCAUAUCAGGAGUGUAUUUCUCUACAAAAUAAACUUUUCGUCGAGGAGAAGUUCCAAAAAGAAGCAAGCACAGCUGAAUGUGGCUUAGCAGGAGACACAGAUGAAGACCGACAAGCCAAGGCGUCAUCUCCUAGACUCGAUGAGUCGGUUACUAGUUCAAUUAGAAGUGCUGCAGAAAUACAAGAAUCUUCUUUACAUGAAUGUUUUGGCAAAGCUAAUCCCGUGUUGGGUUUGGGAAUAUGUACUACUCAGCUUGCUGAUGGCCCUGGUCCAUUUAGUCUUAUCCAAGGCUAUUCGUCUGAUGACUGUUUAGACAAUGAUAAUAAUGAUGAGUUCCAGAUUGAAGUGAAAACCAUAGUGAAUUAUGAUGCUGGUAAAUCACCCGAGUGUCCUGCAUCACGAAGAGUGGUUAGUGAAACUGAUACAACAUGCAACUUUUUAGGGCAUGGUGAAGAGAAUCCUCCAAGAGAUUCUGACACAAAUACCACUUUAGAUAUUCUUGAUUUCCUAAGGGAGGAGGAUGUGAAAAAAACAUCUGCUUUGGUGAAGAUUGAUGAGUUUGGUAGACUAGCCAGAGAAGGGAAAAGUGACAGUGACUCUGGGAGGGAUUCACCGUGUUACGGAAGGACUCGAGGUAAAAGAGAAAAGAGCCAGAGUCAAAUCUGUUCUCCAUAUAAAAGGAGGCGGAGUCCAAGGCGGAGCCCAAGGCGGAGCCCAAGGCGGAGUCCAAGGCGGAGCCCAAGGCGGAGUCCAAGGCGGAGCCCAAGGCGGAGUCCAAGGCGGAGCCCAAGGCGGAGUCCAAGGCGGAGCCCAAGGUGGAGUCCAAGGCGAAGUAAGGAUAGGCGCAGAUCGUCUAGGAGUGUAUCUCCAAAGAGACGCAGAAGUAGGAGCAAGUCCCCUUUUAGGCAUGAAUUUUGCAGUAAUGAUAAAAUGAGAAGGGGAAAACUUCACCUUUCCGAAUGCUUGGACUUCAAGAGAGGCAAAUGCAACCGUGGAGCUUCAUGUCGGUAUUCCCACCAUAGUUCUGAUAAUAAAAGCGACAGAUCUCAAUCUUACUGGAGUAGGGAGCAGCAUCAGCUCCACUUACCUAGUUCAAGGAAUUGUGGCUUAUUACAUGAAGAGGCUGAAAGUGCUCUAGUUAAGAAAACUGUUGACGAGAAUGAUAGUAAUAAUAAAACCAAAACCCAAGAGUUGAGUAUUGUUCAUGAAACUCACAAUGUUGGAGAAAAAGGGGAAACAGAAUCAGAACCUACAUCUCACCUGCAUGGAAAAGCAAGUCACGGAAGCCCUGUAGUUGACGGUAAACGUGAGAUGCAUCUUGCAGCUGCUGGUGUUACCUCAUCAUCAUUUGAAACUACAAACGAAAAUUGUGAUCAGACUCGCCAAGGUGUUGUUUGUAAACCUACUAAUGUAAUAGCUGAUCCUGCAAUCUCCAAACCAUCAAAUCUCGAAGCAUUAACAUCAACCCCAUUCCAGCACCUUCAGUUUCCCGAUAAUAAAGAAUUAUUAUCUUCUCCAAGUUUACCACAGCCACCAUCCCACCAUUCCUUUUCUGCAUUUUCCUAUGCUCCAAUUACAGUAUCUGCACAACCACUCUUCAACACAGCAUGUGUUCAAAAUUUCCCCCCUUACCAGCCUCCAUUGCGUCUUCCACAAUCUCAUUUUCGUGCACCUUUUAACAAUUCUUGGAAUUCGCACCUGCCAGCUAAACCACCACCAAAUUCAUCAUAUCCUGUUGUUCAUAAUGCAGUUGGGAACAGUGCUCUUCGACCAUAUGGUGCAACUCCAUCACAGUUUCAACAGAGUAUGCCGCUGCAAGGGAAUGGCUUUAUUAUUCCUCACAAUUCUGUAUUGCCGAGUAGUUCUCAGGUUGGCCAACUUCCGGCAUAUGGGCAUACUUGGCCAAGCAAGAAUGUUGGUGAUACUCUACCUCAUGGUGAACUUCCUAUUCCAUCUUCCAAGAGUUAUCCUUACAUGCAACAGCUCCCCUGUGGUCUCCCCAAUCACACUGGGGCUGCUAACGCAUCAGUAUACUCUUCUGAUGUUCUUCUAGACAGGAACCAGAAACCCAGUUUGCCUGAUUUUGGUGGAUCUAGAUUAUCAAGUUACUUCAAUCCUUAUGCGUCUAACUUUGAGCAGCCACUAGCCUCUAAGAUCAGGUCAAAUGCUCCCAUAGAAGGAAAGGAAAUUCUUUCUAGUGACAGAAAUGGUGCUCCUUUUAGUCUGAACAAUGUACGAGCUGAUGGACAUCCAGCGGAAAGCCUUGGAUUACAAAAUACUCUACCAAACUCUGCCCCAUAUGAUCCACUAUUUGACAGCAUUGAGCCAUCUACAAAUUCAUUGCAAAAACCUGGUCCUGUCCAAAAUAGCGAAACAACUUUGGACUCAAAUGUCAUGAAAAAGCCUAGCAGAUGGAGCAAAAAUGCAUUGGAUGUUGAAGAAAACAACACACAUAAAGGUGAUGGAGCUAGUGGUAUUGCUGAUGCAUCAGCAGGCAAUGAUGAAUGUGGCGAGACAGCAGAUGGGGAAGUCGGGGCAGUUGAAAACAUAAGUCCAAGUGAUUCAAACGAUGUAGCAGACAUGGUCGAUGGAGAAAUAGAGAUUGAUAAUGUUGAAACAAGUAAAAAGAGCAAGGACUCCAGAGCUAUCAAACUUUUCAAGAAAGCAAUAGCUGAUUUUGUGAAGGAGCUUUUAAAACCAUCGUGGCGUCAAGGCAAUAUGAGCAAGGAGGUUUUCAAGACCAUUGUCAAGAAAACUGUUGAGAAGGUGUCCGGAGCCAUGAAGAAUCGUAAAAUGCCGAAGUCUCAGGAAAAGAUUGACCACUAUGUUGACUCUUCACAAAAGAAAUUGACGCAGCUGGUGAUGGGCUAUGUUGAUAAAUAUGUGAAAGCAUGAAUACCAACCGUUGUGACAUUCACAGUUGAACAGUUGAGGAUAUUGAAAAUGUUGCCUGCAGCUGUUCUACCCGGCUAUUUAAAAAAGAAUAUGAUAUUUCACCUUUGAAAAUAUAGCUGGCACUUGUGUCUUGGCUUUCUAUUGAUAACGGUACACUGGCAAGCAAACCUAUGUGUGGCAGCGAUGAGAGGGUGAAGUUAUUAUGUCUUAUAUACAGAUGUUGUUGGGAGUAAAUAGAAUGCAAGUGUUGUGGUAGACUGGUAGUGUUGUGUAUUGAGCUAGUGUUUCACGAUUUGCGGCACAAGAUAAUGGGUCCACCUUUUUCACGGCUACAUAUAUAGGACCCAAAAUAUCUUGCACCAUUUGUAUGUAAUUUGCUACUUGAUUUUUAAUGUAUUUGUGUCUUCUUAAAUCAAUGUUUCAGAAUACGUAUAUGUACAUAAUCUUUAAUUGGCUUUUGAUCGUCUUGUCAACCUGUAUGUGUUGAGUUUUUUUUCCCGUGACAGCCUCACCUUCAAACACUGGUAGUUGAUUUGUUUGGUAUGAUAGUAAUUAAUGGUGUUACGUGCACA